GGCUUUCCAAAGGCUUAACAGCCAUCCACCUGCCACUGAGAUCAAUGGAAAAGCUAACGGCUUCUGUCCUCCAACAAAAACACAGACACCUACGCCCAACAUUUAAUGACUUUCUGGAGGACUUUUUCUAGCUUGGAGUGCCUGCCAAGCAGUGAGAAGAAGCUCUCAGGAAGAGGCAGAAGACCGAUAAGGUGGACAGACACAAGUCUAGAGUAGCAGCGUCAGCAUGCGGUGUGUGAGCUUCCUCUCGGUGUGGCCCUACCUGCUGGUCCUUGGCCCGGUGGUAUGGGGCGCUCCCAGCCAGUGCCCGGCCCUGUGUCACUGCCACGGGGACCUGCAGCACGUCAUCUGUGACAACGUGGGGCUAAAGAAUAUUCCGCAGGUGUCCGAGGCCACCCGUCUGCUCAAUCUGCAGAGGAACAACCUGGGCAGCCUGCCCACCGGCUCCUUCGCCAGCAGCAAGGGUCUCAUCUCGUUGCACAUGCAGCACUGCCAGCUCCGCGAGAUCGGUGGACAGGCCUUCAAGGGGCUCAAGAAGCUCAUCUACCUCUACCUGUCCAACAAUGAGAUUACCAGCAUCAAGCCGGGUGCCUUCGAGGACCUCACCGAGCUCACCUACCUCUACCUGGACGGCAACCGCAUCAGCGACCUACCCAAGGGCAUCUUCUCGCCCAUGAUCAACCUGUUCAUCCUGCAGCUCAACGAUAACAAGCUGCGCGACAUCAAGCCAGGCACCUUCGCCGGAGCCAAGGACCUGCGCUGGCUGCACAUGAGUGGCAAUGAGAUGAGCUCGCUGCAGCCGGGCUCUCUGGAUGAAGUAGAGAACCUGGCCAUCCUGCACCUUGACAGGAACAGGCUGUCCACCUACCCCAGUCUGGCCAUGAGCAAGCUGAGAGUGGUGGAGGAACUGAGCCUGGCCAAGAACCCCCUGAGAAGCAUCCCUGACAACGCCUUCCAGAGCUUCGGACGCUACAUGGAGAAGCUGCACCUGGACAGCAUGGGGCUGGAGAAGUUUUCUGACGGGGCGUUCAACGGCAUGACGGCCAUCAAGUCUCUGCACUUGGACAACAACAAGCUCAAGUCCCUGCCCAAGAGCCUGGAGUUCACCAGCAUCACCAACCUCACGCUCGCCAACAACCCCUGGAGCUGCACCUGCACGCUAGCCCCUCUGCGCAAGUGGAUGGAUUCUAGCCGCCAGCGCCCUGAUGCGCUCUGUGCCGCUCCAUCCUCACAGAGAGGAAAGCAGAUCAGGGACAGCUCUGCCUUCAGCGACUGCACAGUUAAGACAAAGAGAGCCAAGAAGGGCACACGCCAUUAAAACACAGGAGACGCUGCCUGAGGGGAAAGGCCUGUCCAGGUGACGGGCUCGGUACGUGUGCAGAGAAAGAAAGCGACGCUAACUGCUACUUAAAGACCGUCCAUCUCACUAUCUGUCAAAUAUCAUGCAUCCCACAACCAACAUUCAGACGAGCAGCCAUGUUGACUCUCCUCCUCUCGCUCUCCCUAAAGCCAGCUUUACACCCUCACCUCUCAGGACCCCAUCACCUGCUGCCCCAAGCCCCCCCUAACAACCUUCCAAAUGGAAUGUUCCAGGCCAGGUCUCCCUUUAUUUAAUGUGGUUCACUCGGUUGGUCAUGUCUCGCUUCUCCCAUGAGAAAUUCUGUCAGACUGAGAAAACAACAUCAACUGUGGACUGUGACCGUAAAACGGACCUUGACAUAUUGUGACUUGACCCGACUCCGCUCAAAACUCUGACCAAAGGUAAGUGACACAACACAGCGCAGGCGGCUAAGGACUUUUUCUGAAAGGGUUUAUGAGAUAAUGGAGCAACGGCAAGUUGAAAAGGAACAUAGUCAGAGAUGACAAAGAGAGGAGUCCAGUUCUCCAGCGGUAUCUUUCGUUUAAAGACUGUCCUUUGUAUGUAUUCAAUCUCCCAAGAGAUACGCAAAAAAAAAAAAAAUCCUUACAUGAAUGGAGGUUGGAAGUGUUUGCAGUGCCUUUAGGUCUGUUAUCACAGGAGGACAUGUUGUACAGUUCAAAAUGGAUUAGAGAAUAGGUAGCAGAGGUGUCAUGUCUGAGUCUUUGACUAAAUAAUAUAAUAUACUAAAUAUUUAGCCUUUUCCACCCCCCCACUUCCACUGCUGUGGCAAUGCUUACACUGUGUGACAUUUCAUUUAAAGUAAUUGAUUUACAUUGAAAACAAGAUACUUUCUACUGCUAAAUCAAUGGAUUAUCUAUAGGCAUUGAAGACUUCCCAAACUCUGGGAGCAUGUAGGUACCCCCCUUUCCCUUUCAUAACUCUUAAUAUUUGACUCUUCAGCAUCUUUUUUUAAUGUAUAUUGAACAUCAUAUUUUGGGGGGGACAUCUAAGAAAUAAAUAUAUAACCUUGUC